UCGGCUUCAACAAAUCUCAUUCUCCUUGAUCAAGCAUCAAAUCAUUCAAUCUUGACUAUACUUCCAUCUCGGUCUUCUGGCCAUACAUCUAUCACAAUGUCAACUGCAACAUCCACAUCCAUCUGCCCCGAAACAUCACGCAGACCCUCUACAACUUCUUCAACCACAUCCCGACACCGCCGCUCAACAGUGUCUCUGCACUCUACACCAGGUCUCGGUCUCAUCCGCACAAUCUCUCGCGAUUUAGUGACAGGCUGGCACACAACCACUGCUCUCCAAAAAGAAUCCUCCCACACAUCCACCACAUCCACAUCUUCUCAAAAGGCCUACAAACCACGCUACGCAGCCCGCGACGCACUGAAAGCAUUUCCGUUCCCCACACAUCAUCACAAUCACAAUCACAGCCACAGCCACAGCCACACACUAGAAGCCGACGCGAAGAAAAGCUUCGAAAGCAACGACAGCGAUAGAGAUAUCGAUAUCCGCACUCGUCAAGAUAGUGCGUCUCCGGGCUCACCUAUCGAUUGCACGAAACCUUUGGCUAGGGUGGAGGAUGGAUUGAUUCCCGAUCAUAGCUUUGACACUUGGUCUGAUGCGUGGGAUAAUGCUUAUGAGAGGAGAGUUGCGACGAUGCAUAAGCCUGCUCCGACUACUUCCAUCGUUUCUUCAGAUUCCUCUGCAAAGCCGACUAGGAAGCAUACGAGACCGCCACUUACUGGUCGCUUGUCUGUUACUGAUGCCGAAGUGAGGGAUUUCGUCUUCGCGCAAAGUGGGGAGAAGAAGAGGGGUUUCGAGUCGCCUGAGGGCUUUCUGAUCCCAAGAUGUGAUACAAGAAGAGGGAGUGAGGUACCCUCUCUGGUAUCGGAGGUUAGUAGUCGAAGUAGUGCACUCGAGGAUUUGGAAGAGGGAGACGAAGAAAGUGAUGAUGAGCUGGAUGUCGGUGUAUUAGGACAAGUCAAGGGAGUCGAUGGAGAAGCCAAGAGAUGGGGCAAGGUGUUCGUGCGACCUGCUAUCGAUGUUGUUGAAGAUGGUGUGGUAACAGUUGUGUAGAAUAAAUGCAGACUCGAAUAAAUCAGAUGA